CCAAGUUACCAUACUUCUGUCGUUUUAAGUUGCAUUUGAAUGGUCAAAUCAAUCACAAUAGAAACAAAACACAAUCCAAAUCGAAAGCAUGAAAAAUUCAUCCUCCACAAGUCAGAAAGUUUGGCUGCCCUUUCUACAGAGCUAACAAGUGUAUUUCAAUAUAUCAUUCCAGGAAUACCCAAUCUAUUUGUUAUACCCUCAAUAGUCAAUAUAAUGGUCUCCUUGUGUCUCCAUUAUCUUCAUAACCUAAAAGUUGUCAUGGACUAUAACUGCUUUGUAAUUCAGAUAUCAGAAAAUAAGAUUUCUCCUUGUUAAGGCAUUGGACCACAUAAUAAUUGUAUCUUCAAUCCUCAUCUUACCCACAAUAUGUCAAAAAUAAGAUAAAUUCAGAACAAAUCGACACAAAAAGGGUCAACUUCAACAAGGAAUACCAAAGAUUCCAAAAUGGAAUAAUAAUCUUAUGAUACUUUUAUACUUCACAAGAAACCAGACUUUUUUCCAUAUAACCUUAGUACCUAAAAAGAAUGAAAAAAUAAAUAAUAUAAUAAAAAAUAAAAAAAUAAAUAAUAAAAAGAAGAAAAAAAAAUCUGCACGCGAACACAUACACAUGCAGACACAAUAUAUCACAUACCAGAUACCACAUGUUAAGGAGAGAAACUUUACCUUGUUUUCAUCCCAAUAGACUAGUGGAACAAGCAUUUUUAAAUAAGCUAUAUGAGGUCCCGUCCCCAAAAUAUAUAAACAAACAUAUAUUAAAUCAAAGGAUUUUUUUCCCCCCUAUAUCUUUAAGGUUUUAAUGCCUAUCAAGAUCCAUCCAAAGACAUCCUGAAAUUUAUGCAAAAUGGAAAGCCAAAAAUGCUGUCAAAAUGGCCUUAAACAACCUCAAAUAGUUGUGGUGAUGGUUCCCUUCCCAGCCCAUGGCCAUAUCAAUCAGCUCCUCCACCUCUCUCGUCUUAUAGCCUCCUAUGGCAUACCGGUUCACUUUGCUGGAUCAACUGUGCACAAUCGCCAAGCGAAGCUCCGUGUCCAUGGUUGGGACUUGGAAAGUUCAGAGCAUCUCCAACCACUUUCUGAUGCUUCUUCACAUCUCCGUCAACCUGUGUUUCAACUUUUACAAGAACUUUCAUCUAAUUUUAGGAGAAUUGUUAUCAUCAAUGAUAACCUGAUGGCCUCAGUAGUGCAAGACGUAAAAUUGAUCCCAAAUGCAGAAUCUUAUACUUUUCUAUCGGUAUCUGCCUUUAUCAUCUUCUUUAAUAAAUGGGAGUCCAUUAUAGAAAAACGUUUUGAAUUAGAUUCUGAUGUUCCAAGAUACAUCCCUUCUAGAGAAGGGAGCUUCACACCAGAGUUUGAGAAAUUUAUAAUAAAUCAACACAAGCUUUUGGAAUUUGAAUCUGGAAGACUUUUUAAUACAUGCAGAUUGAUAGAAGGUAGAUACAUGGAACUAUUGUCAAAACUAUCAACGAAUGUUAACAAGAAACUGUUUUCUAUUGGACCUUUCAAUCCGGUGGAAGCAAAAGGAAAAACGAACACUUAUAGUCCUGGAUGCCUUGAGUGGCUAGACAAACAGGAGAUAGAAUCUGUGGUAUAUGUUUCUUUUGGAACAGUAACAUCUACGGAUGAUGAGCAGGUCAAAGAGUUGGCAAUAGGAUUGGAAAGAAGUGGGCAAAAGUUUAUAUGGGUUCUUAGAGAUGCUGAUAAAGGCGAUUUAUUUGAAGAAGAUGAGGCAAAAACUCUUCAGCUGCCAGAAGGAUAUGAAGAAAGAGUGAUAGAUAGGGGAAUUAUUGUGAGAGGCUGGGCACCUCAGCUUGAGAUUCUAGCCCAUCCAGCAACGGGUGGAUUCCUGAGUCACUGUGGGUGGAACUCAUGCUUGGAGAGCAUCACCAUGGGAGUGCCAAUAGUAGCAUGGCCUAUGCAUUCUGACCAACCCAAAAACAGCAUUUUGAUAACACAAGUCCUACGGAUUGGUUUGUUAAUUAGGGCUUGGGAACACAGAGCUGAGCUGGUAACAUCAACUGCAGUUGAGAACACAGUAAGAAAAUUGAUGAAAUCGGAAGAAGGAAAAGUGAUGAGGGAAAGGGCAGCAGAACUAGGCAGAGCUGUUCGAGCCUCAGUAGCAGAUGAUGGAAGUUCUCACUUGGAAAUGGAUUCUUUCAUUGCUCAUAUUAGCAGAUGAAAUUUUUUUUCACAGCUCAAAGGCACAAGUAGGGUAAGCAGCCUAUAAGCAUUGUUUCUUUCUGUAUUAUGGUCUUGUUGUGUAUUGAACACUGGUCACAUUAAUGCACCAAAGGCCCAGAGCAUAAGUUGCAUAUUCAUCUUGCACAAAACUGCAAUUGUACUACUGGCAUAUUCAAGUCUAAGAAGGUCUAAUAGGAAUAAAAGAGCCUAAUUGACAUA